AUGUCCUCUCCUGAAUGGGCGGUCAGAGCUAAAGUCGGAAUCUCGGUAUGGACCAAGUUCCGAGUGAAUUCUGGUCCCAUUGACGAUGCACUCUUUGUUCCACCACUCUUGCCUUGGAAGGACUAUAUCUUCUGCCCAUUCUACGGACGCAUUGCCGAGUCCCCUACAGAUUGCUUCCUGGUCACUGGCUGGGAAUCGCGAGAGAUCUAUGACCAGUUCAAGGCAUCUCCUCAGUACCAGGAGUUGAUGACAAACUUACGCGCCGAUGGCAUGGAGCCGGAAACGAAGACCAUUGCCUUUACGAAGAGGAUUUUCGGCCAGGGCUUUACCUCCAAUACCGAGAUUUUGACCGUCUAUUGGCCCACUACAAUCUCUCCCGAGACCCAGCACGCAGUGAAAAAGAUGCAGAGCCUGUCUCAUAGGAUGAGGCCACGCACGUCCUGCCAUGGGCAUUGGCCAAGCUUUGGAUGGAUCGAUGGGCUUCAGACUUGGAAUGGCGAGAACGUAUUGGCAAACGUGUGGUGCAAUAAAUGGGUCAGUAAGGAGCUGGAGGAGGAAUUCAGGCGCACCGAGAAGAGGCCUGUUAGACCGGGUGAUGGCCAGUAUGCCCUCAGCGUGGAUCUGUUUGAGCGGGACUUGAAGGCCUUCGGCGCUGUUGGUUGGGAGUCGGUUCAUGUGGAUUUUAAGCGUGCGAUGGAGUUAAAUGGGUAUAUAAGAAGGUGGGCCUCUUAG